GCUGAGCAGAAAAGAGGAAGUCUAAAGCUUCUACAGACGAGGGACUAUGAAACAAACAUGGCAGCAGACACUUUGUACUGCACAAAACGGUUUUAAUGGGCGUGCAACAACUAUUCCUAAAACCAAUUACGAUAUGAUGCUUGAGAAUCACUACCCUGAAGAAUACAGGAUUUCAUCACUGGUCUUCUACAGUUUUGUAUUCACAGUAGGACUGGUAGUGAAUGCCACGGCACUAUGGGUUUUCAGCUGCACUACCAAGAAGAGAACCACUAUAACCAUAUACAUGAUGAAUGUGGCAUUACUUGACAUAGCCUUUAUACUUUCCUUGCCUUUUCGGAUAAUCUACCAUGGGAAAAAAACAUGGCCUUUUGGAGAUAUAUUCUGUCGGAUUAUCAGUGCUUUCACUGUAUUUUAUCCAGCCAUUGCUCUGUGGUUGCUUGCUUUCAUAAGCGUAGACAGAUUUAUGGCUAUUGUCCAGCCCAAACAUAUCAAAGAACUGAAAAAUACAAAAAAAGCCCUGCUGGCUUGUACGGGGAUCUGGAUAAUGACCCUUGCAACAACUUCCCCAUUGCUCUUCCUACGUUCUGAUCCAGACAAAGCCUGCAAUGUCACCACCUGCAAGAAAAUGCUCGAUAUCAUCCAUUUAAGGGAAGUAAAUAUGUUGAACUUUUCUCGCUUGAUAUUUUUCUUUUUGAUUCCCUUGCUUAUUAUGAUGGGGUGCUACCUAGUCAUUAUUUACAAUUUUAUCCAUGGCAAGACUUCCAAGUUGAAGCCUAAGGCCAAAGAGAGAUCCAUAAGAAUCAUAGUUACUUUGAUUGCUCAAGUACUUGUGUGCUUUGUACCCUUCCACAUUUGCUUCGCCCUCAUGAUGUUAAAUGAAGGUACAAGUUACAAUCCGUGGGCAGCCUUUACCACCUUUCUCAUGAACCUCAGCACUUGCUUGGAUGUUAUACUGUACUACAUUGUUUCUAAACAAUUUCAGGCUAGAGUCAUCAGUGUCAUCCUUUAUCGCAAUUACCUCCGAAGUGUGCGCAGGAAGAGUUUUCGAACUGCAAGUGUAAGAUCACUCAAUAAUAUCAACAGUGAAAUGAUAUAAAAAAAAAACAAACAAAAAGUAAAAACAUUAGAGGGAUUCUCUAAUGAAAACAAGAGAUUUAUUCUUCCAAAUUCCAGAAUUUUGGCUCCGCUGGAAAAUGUUCUGUGCCCGGAAGUAACAGAUGUUUGUUGCACUGUAACUAUGCGAGACGUACAAUGAUAAUGGCACUUCUGCAUGUUUGCUCAACAGCCUUUGUAAAUCUGAAAUGAACUAAAACUUAGUAUCAGUGUUAAACUGCCCACCACUUUUGUCACCUUAACAAAUUGUAGCUAUCACCAGACAAGAAAUAACCAUUAGUGUAAUAAAGCACUAACACUGAAAAACUGUGAUGCAAGGUAUCAUCUAUUGUUCAUAAUUACACAGCCUAACAAUCUUAAACUACUGUAUAUCCCACUCUUCUAAAAUCAGCUUCAUUUUCUCCUGACCAAUAUGUCAGUAUGACUUAGAAAGUACAAAUAUUUCACCAAAAUAUUUAUUUGACGCAGAUUUCCUUCUAACAGCUUAUGCAGACAUAGAUAAAAAGUCAUAAAAAAAUCGGUACCUGAAGUGCUCAUUAGUUCACUGUGUGAUAUGUACACUUAUUACACUCAACACUUUUUAUACAGAUGAAAAUGCUAAAUUUGCUUAGAUACUCUAGCAGCUUAUGCGUGCCUAGCAGCUGUGUUCCAGCACAAAAACAUUGCAGUGUUAUUCAAGCUUUAGACUCCUUUUGAAUACUCACACAUCACAAGGAAUGUAUACUUGUAACAACAAAAGACAUGCUUUAUCUUUACUAUUAGAUCAGCCUUUUGCUACUUUCAAAGGAUACACUAAAAAAGUAAAGCUCUGUAAUCUUAGCAUGGUGCUCAGCAUCUAAACUCUUGCCUCAUGAGCUUCUAUUACUACCUCAGAGCAUGUGACAUCUGGAAACUCAAGUCUAUAUGAGGCUGAUGUCUCCUAACCACAAAGGCUCUGCAAGCUCUAUGGUUCUACUACAACAGAUACACCUCCUAUUAUUAAUGGCAGAAAUGUCAAACACAGAUGACACAAAACUCAACCACUAAAUAUCUUAAAGCUUUAAGAACUUUAAAUGCAAACAAAUUAAAUAAUAUGCUCAAGCUUUGAAACACACACGUAUGAAAUACCAGAAUGAAAUGCAUAUAACUGCAUUUAAAAGUGAACAUAAAGAUACAAAUUAGAGUUAAGCUAUCUUUGGCAUUUAAGAAAGAAAUCAGUACCAACCUGAUUUCAUUUACAGGUUUAUUGAACAAAAAUAAAUAUGGUGCUAAUUUGUGCACUGUAAGCCACUUCUCAGUCAUGCUGACAAUGGAUCUGGCGCUAACAGAAAGGAAAAUCAUCGUCAGGUGGAUAAAUUUUAAGAACCUUAGCCUCAGAUUACAAUUAGAAAAUGAGUGUUAGAAAAUAUUUCUACCACAAAACAUUUACACUGGAGUUCAAAAGGAUUAUGCUUAAUUUAAAAGGUUACAUGAAGAAAGGCUUUUAAAUUCAAACCUACACAAAAUAUUCCCUUAAAAUCCUAUCUAAAAUAACACUAGGAGCUACUUACAACCCAGAAGGCAAGCUGUUGAUGGUGAUGCCAAAUACAUACUGAGCAGCUUCUAUAAGGAGAAGAUCAAACAAAGCUGACAGCGUCCAAGCACCCAGUAGGAAGGACUAGAAAGAAAAAGGUUAAUUUUAAUUCAAUUGCUUAAGAAUAAGAUUUUAAUAUAUCUCUCAAAUAAGAAAAUCACUACACUAGUUCAGUCAAGACAAAUAUAAUAUUUAGCACAGCAUAAAUUCAGAUGUAAAUGUUUACAUGCUGAAGAAUGAAAAAGAGUUUGAUUCAUUACCAAAAAAUAUAUUCUGUGGAUGCAGUAACUUUCAACUGAUACAGAUGCAAACUUAGAAUAACCCACUGAUAGCAAGAUGAACUUAAAUUCUGACUUACAGAAACCCAAAUCACUUUAAAACUCUUAAAUGUAUAUUUCUAUAUGGAAUAUUAGUAAUAAAAACUACAAUAUUAAUCUAAGAAUACAAGAUUCAGAACAGUGUAGAAAGUAAUUUCUGAUAAAAGGAGAAAAGCAACUCCAGAACUUACUGAAAAUUUUCUGCUGCCGUAUCUUCUUUCAAAUAUUCUGAAGUUGUAAAUGAGCAGGCUGCUGCAGAAUGUGUCUUUCAGAUCAAGGCAUAUCACUCUCCCACAUACAAGUCUCCAAAUCUAGAAGGUUGAAGAUUGUUACAUUAAGUCUCUCUACCCUCACCGAAAUUCUUCAGAGCACUUGUGCUCAGAGUGAAGGAAUAUAAGACUAAACUCAGACAGCAGGAAGGCAGUAUGGCAUUAAAAGAGGGAAAUAAAGAACUAGAAUUCUAUAGAGAUUUCAAGAAGACUGUUUAAAAAUGUUUUCAAACAAGAAGUCUAUCUAUU